GGAAGAGGCGAAGGAAAGGGAAGAAGGAAGGGAAAAGGCACCUAGGAAAGAAUGACUCCAUCAAAAAAGAAAAAAAAACAGCCAUCAUGACUCCUCGGAUUCCGCCGACGUGUUUUAAAAGCCAUAAUUAUCGCUGUCAACAAAGAAUGUAAAUGACAAGCCAGCGCGAAGAGACUUGAGCGAGAGAGAUGUCAUCGCCAGGCAUGGGCACCCCCAGCGACCCCCUUCUGGCCAGUCCCGGGGGGAGAUUCUCCUCGGCCCAGGGAGGUCUCUGGAGGACUUCUCUCCCAAAGACGGCCAGCUUCCCGACGUCCUCCACCCGACACCUCAGUCACCGUGCCAACAACUUCCAGAGGAAGCCCAAGUGCCAGAAGCUGAUCCGACCUUCACCGCCGCCACCACCCAACACCCCGUGUCCCCUGGACCAGCUGGACCUGAGCGAGCUGCCUCCUCGUCGCGCCUUUCAGGAGUUGCUCUUCAACGGCUGCAUCCUGUUUGGUAUCGAGUUCAGUUACGCGAUGGAGACGGCCUAUGUGACACCCGUGCUUCUACAGAUGGGCCUGCCUGACCAGUUCUACAGUUUGGUGUGGUUCAUCAGCCCCAUACUGGGAUUCCUCGUUCAGCCUCUUAUCGGAGCUUGGAGUGACCGCUGCACGUCCCGCUUUGGACGAAGAAGACCGUUUAUUUUUGCGUUGGCCAUAGGGGCAUUGCUUGGUUUGACUCUGGUGUUGAACGGGCGGGACAUCGGGGGAGCGCUGGCUGACACCGCAUCCAAUCACAAGUGGGGCAUAAUCCUGACGGUGUGUGGUGUGGUUCUAAUGGACUUCAGCGCUGAUUCCGCAGACAAUCCGAGUCACGCCUAUAUGAUGGAUGUGUGCAGCCCCGAGGACCAGGAUCGAGGGUUAAACAUCCACGCACUGCUUGCAGGAUUAGGGGGUGGCUUCGGGUACAUCGUGGGUGGCAUCAACUGGGAUCAAACCCACUUUGGAAAGUCGAUGGGUGGUCAACUGCGUGUCAUCUACGUGUUUACGAGUAUCACUCUAGUGAUCGCCACAGCCAUGACUCUUACCAGCAUCCCCGAGCGACCCCUACCAAAGAGCCAGGCAAAAACAAACCCUAGCAAAAACCACCUCAAGAGCCCCAACCUUCUUCUUCCUCCAUCUCCCCCGGCCCCCCCGGGAUCUGCGCAGGGAGUGGAUGAAGAGGACGUUGAAGGUCUCUACGGCUAUCAUUUCUCAAAGUCCCAGUCAAGUUACCCAGACCCUAUGGUUCAUUCUUGCAGUGCUAACGCCCGCCUCUGCGCAGGCCUCACGAGCCCCAUAUCACCCCUAAGCCCCCUUACUCCAAAGUACGGCAGCUUAAUAAGUCGGGACAAUUCGCUAACUGGCAUCAAUGAAUUUGCUUCCUCAUUGGGGACCUCAUAUAUAGACCGUGUUCUCAUAGACUGCUACACGGGUCAACGGACACCACAGGACAUUCUUGGACCCGACUCUGUGCACCUGCCUCCAGUGGACUCCCCACCCCUAGAGGGGUCCACCCAAAGAGAGGCGAGCCAACCUGAAAGGCAGCCCGAAGGGGUCAAUCAUCUGCAUACAAAGAGCACCCCGCAGUCUAAGGGAGAACUGCAGUCUCAACAAGCAUCUCAGGUCACGUCAGGGGGGCAGCACCCUGAUUUGGGGGUACGUCGGGACUCAAGUGGUGGAAUCUUGAAGCGACCACAAAGUCUUGCACUCAUGGAAGAGCCUACGGCGACGCAGGUAGUCGGGCUGGAGAACGGACUUAGAAGAACGGUGACAUUCAGCCAGCAGGUGGCAAACAUUUUGUUGAACGGCGUGCGCUAUGACAGCGAUCUGAGUGAGAAUGUGGAGACGGGAGAAUCCCAAAUGUCAAUGAAACUUUUGGUUAUAGCCAUCUACAGGAUGCCUCCUUCCUUGCGCAGCUUAUGCACUAACCACUUUUUGGGGUGGCUUUCUUUUGAAGGCAUGCUGCUCUUCUACACCGACUUCAUGGGGGAGGUAGUUUUUGAAGGAGACCCCAAAGCUCCCCAUGACUCUGAGGCCUAUCAGCGUUACAAUGCUGGGGUCAGCAUGGGCUGCUGGGGUAUGUGCAUCUAUGCAUUCAGUGCUGCUUUCUACUCAGCCAUAUUGGAAAAACUGGAGGAGCGUUUCUCUCUUCGCACGUUGUAUUUUUUUGCCUACCUAGCGUUCGGCUUGGGUACAGGUCUGGCCACCCUGUCCACCAACCUCUACGUGGUACUGUCUCUGUGUGUCACCUAUGGGGUGCUCUUCUCCUCGCUAUGCACGCUGCCUUAUUCUCUGCUGUGUGAAUACUACCAGAGCCCACAGUUUUGCGGCUCCUCUGAGGAAGGGACCAGACGAGGAAUGGGGGUGGACAUCUCCCUGCUCAGCUGCCAGUACUUCCUGGCUCAGAUCCUGGUCUCGGUGGCCAUGGGACCCCUGACCUCGUUGGUCGGCGGUGCCCAGGGAGUGAUGUACUUUUCCAGCCUGAUGUCAUUCGUGGGCUGUGUCUAUUCCUCUCUCUGCGUGGUGUACCAGCUGCCCGCCCCAGAGGGUGAGCACCCCGAUAGCGAGAGCCAGCCACUGUUGGUGCACAUUUAAGUAAAGAAACAGAAAACAAAUCUCUCAUGCUGCUGAGUGUGUGGUUGCAACCUCCUGCCGCACACUGUACAGCACAACAUUGUAGUGUUUCACUGGGCAGACAGGAAGACUGACAUUGGCCACGCCUCCAAGUGGUGUGUUCAUACAGUGUGUGUGUGCUCAUGUAUCAUGCAUAUUGUGUGAAUGAUGCUGAUAUUUAUGUGUGUUUGAUUAUUUAAAGUGAGAGAAUCAUCGCCUUAUGAGUCUUCCACAGUGGAACCUCCAAAGUUGACUUCCAUUUCGCUAUCACAGAAAAUCAUCCUGAUCAUGAAUCAUCAGGAAACCAUUAUUUUUUCUACACGUUCACAUGUUAAAAGUGUUGGGAAAAAAAAUCAUAUAACCAAAUGAAACAAAAAGUGAGCAAAACGACUCACCCUUUGACAUAACAGGAAGGUGUUGCGUAUUAAGAGAGUAUAGCCAACUAAACAACAGGCGCCAUGACUGCUACCAAGGAUGCAUGCCCUUGCUGUCGUUUUGAUGUUAUUUUUUCUGAUCAAAUAAACCAAAAAGUGUCUAUAUAUAAUUCCAACCAUACUCCAGCUCACAAUUAAACAUGCUUUCAUUUUGUCAAAGUAGAAUUUUGCGGCCGUAUUUUCCGCAUUUACUGCUACGUUCCUGCAGUGUUUUGUGACCAGCAGGCCCUCUAACACGCAUCCGCCCGCGGAACAAACGUAAAAAAAUACACAGAAUGAUUACAAAACAAACUCACUACCAUAAUUUUUCCCAAAUCUUCACAAUUCCACACAAAUUGUGAUUUUAGUGUGUUGUGUGAAGUAGGUCAACUGUGGUGGCUGCCUCUAAUGUAAAUUAAUCACUAAAUGCAUAAUUUAUUUUGUAUUAUUAUAACGGAUAUUUAUUUCUGUAACAUGCUAAGUGAAAAGUGUACUUUUGUACUUAUUUCCCCAUUUAACGGCACAAUAACACAUAUAUGGUAACACUGGCAAGCAGUAGAGAAUAUGGAGAGAUUUUUGGUCCAGAACAUUUUGCUUUGUUCAGUAUUUACAUAUUUCUUGUCACGUUGGUAUAUAUUUUUUUAUGAGGUUUUUUGUUGAUUUUUUAUUCUGUUUAUUACACCCAAAAUGUGGUUUAUUUUACUCUUUCAAUGUCUACUCAGUCUGUAUUUGUGUUUGAAUUUCUCUUCUGCUAUCAAAUUACAUUAUUUUAGUUUUACUGAGAUUCAAAGAUUGUUUUUGGCAAACCAUCUCUUAAAUGUAAAAAUGUAUUGUUAUUAUUUGUAUUAGCUUCUGUGUGUUCUCUCUUGAACAAAACAUGCAGACAUUGUGUCGUGCGUUUACCUCGCACAAGACGCUGAAAUCGGGGACUCUCUAAUAUUGAUGGCGAACCUUCACUUCCCAUAUUGGUCUUCUUUCCGCGAUGUUAAAGUUUGCCACAUUGCUUGCGGGUGGAGCAGCGAAAAAAUAAGACCCACAAAUCCAUUCAGUCAGCUUAUAGUUAGUAGCAGUCACGGCACUCUGUAGUCGCGUGUCUUAACCAUUCAUUGAGGCGAUAACCUGAAACCGAGUUGGCCAUACUCUCGUUACUACAAGACUGUGGAGUUUGCAGAGCAAUGCUGUCAUCUGGUGGUUUUUUAUAGGUACUGCUGCGUUAAAGUGUUUUUAACGUUGAGUACUGUUUAAAUUCCACUUAAUAGGCAAAUUUAACAGAGGUGCGCAAACAUUUGCUUCUAAGGGCCCAAAUAAAAAUGUGUCAAAGGGCCAUGGGCCAAACACAGCAACUAUAAGAAACACAAAUAGCCUCAAGGUGAAACAAAGUGUAUAUCGUCAGAGCCAGUAACAAUGAUAGAUGACAACUAGAUAGCCUCGCAGACAUAUUGAUAGUUGUGUGAGCUUUGAGGGUUUCCAACUUUUUUCACUUCCAAAACGUUAAUGGAUAUUGAAGCCUAAGAUAUUGGCUGAUACCGCUAAUGAUCCGAUACGCUAUACCAGCAGGACUCAUACAAACUUCUAAUAUUUUACAGGCUGGAAUGUUACAAAAUGCUUCAUCAAAUUAAAAACAAUGGUACUGUAGGUAUGAUAAACACUACUCUCUAAAUGACUUACGGCUGUCUUCAAGAUGAAGUGAACAGGUAAUAGUUUUUGGCGACAACUAGUGGUCCCAAUAAAUAAACUAAGGACGUGGCAAGUUUAAUGCUGCAGACAUGUUUGUUAGUGGGUACUUUUAAUAUGCAUCUGCCUUGGCGACUGUAUGUGUAAAUAAUAUUCAAUACUUGUUUAUAUUGCUGUUUUGGACUGCAAUAUUUUUAAUUAAGGACACUUAUUACAUAUGUCUAGCUUGUGUGCUUAGCUGUUGAGUAGCUGCCUCCUCAUAGUAGCCAACAGCAUAGGUUCCCCUGUUUACAUUUUGUAAAAAUAAAAGACCAAGUUUGUUGGCUAUUUGGACUACAUUUAGAUGUGAACUGGCUGUCGGAAGUAAAUGUGCUGCAAGAUUGCUUGUUUGGUUGAAACUCUUAGUAGAUUGCACAGUACAGUAAAUAUUCCGUAAAAUUGACCACUAAAUGGUAAUACCCUAAUAAGUUUUUCAACUUGUUUAAGUCGGGGUCCACGUUAAUCAAGUCAUUGUAUUGGAGCUGGUUGGAAUGUUGAGAUGUAAACAGAUACUUGUAUUUUUUUUUGCUGAUAUCCAAUACAACUAUCAGAUCAAAACACCCCUAGUGAGCUUAAAAGAAGGUCAGUAUAAAUAUAUAUUACAUUAGGGAAACCACCCUUUGGCAGGGUCAAACCAAAUGAUGCGACGGGCCAAAUUUGCCCCCCGGGCUUCACUUUGAACACCACUGAUUUAGGACAUGUUUAUGAGCACUAAACCUCAGAAAAAUAUCCAACAUAUCUCACGCUUGUUUGCUAAACUUUUGAGAGAACAUUGGCUAUUUUGGAAGUUCUGUGAUUUCAUGACCUCAAGAAGGAAAAAUAUCUUUCCUCACAAAAUCUUAAGACUUGCCUCUGCCACCGCGGUUCUCAAACUUUUCUCACCUGGUACCACUUCAAAAAACACACAGUUCGAAAAGUAACAUUAUAUUUGAAUAUUUAAUUAGGUGAUUCUAUGGCGUAAGACUAGAUGAAGCCCGCGUUCAACUAGUAGUACACGUGCAAUGGUUUGAGAAUAACUGCUCUAUUUAGAUGAGCCUGACCCUGUAUACGCCUAAUAUUAGACAGGCUUUGCUACACAUCAUAAAAUACACACAGUCGAUCUGACAAGGCUGCUGUUAUUUUUAGAAAUAUGCUGACUUACCACGAUGAAGCUGCUGAAAUGUGAGUGCAUUGUUAGCAUCACACAGCUAUGCUAAAUUUUAGAUUAGACUAAAUAAUAGAUUUUAUACAAAACUCUAGUAAUACACUAUUGUAGGAUUUGAAAUUGUUAAAAAAAAAAAAAAAAAGUCAUACCGUAUUUCCUUGAAUUGCCGCCGGGUAUAUAGUAUGUGCCUGCCAAGAAUUACUGCCGGGUCAAACUCAUUUCGCAAAAUAAUUAGCGCAUGCUUAGCAUUACCGCCGGCUCAGGAUUAAUGCCGGGUCAAACUCGUUUCGCAAAAUAUUAUUUUUAUUAGGGCAUGUCUAAAAUUUCCGCCGGGUCAAACUCGUUUUGCCAAAUAAUUAGCAUAUGCCUAGAAUUUCCGCCGGGUCAAACUCGUCACGUCACGAGUGACACUUCACCUGUCAUCAUUUUCAAAAUGGAGGAGGUUGAUUUCAGUAAUUUGAAAUCACAUAAAUGGAAGAAGAUUAAGAGCUAUUCAGUAGGAUUUAGGUCCAAGCUAUUGAAUAUGCUAAAAAUAACAGUAAGCAGCUAUGUUUUAUAAAUAUACCGUAGCUGCGUGUGUCAAAUAUGAGUCAUUAAAUGACUCCCGCCUCCUGGUGGUAGAGGGCGCUAGUGAUCCUUCUUGUGACUAUUCGGCUUCAGAAGAAGUGACAACAAGCAGCAAGAGUGAGCAGAGAUAGUUCUUUUUUUCUUCUCGCUUGCACUUUUAACAUGGAGGAUUACAUAUCUAAAAUAAAACAGUUUUCUAAACUGGACUUUCAAUCGAAGCAGCAGGUAAUAAAGGAAGAUCUCCAUCGAGACAGAGAGACUAAAAACUGAAGAAAGAUAAGGAAGACUUCUAUAAACAAGUUAUCUAUGCUUUUGAUCAGAAGGAGCUGCGCAUGGACUUCAUUUAUAAGUAAAGGUAAGACCUUAAUAACGUUUUGUUUAAUAAAUGUGCUUUUCAUGAUGGUAUCCUUACAUCACACUAAAAUUUUUAAGCGCAGGCCUAAAUUUACCGCAUGCCUUUGGUAAGCGCCAGAGUGAGAAGAGGUUUUAAAAUAAUUAGCGCAUGCUUGCCUUUAUCGCAUGCCUUUGGUAAACACCGGAAUGAGGAGAGUUUUUUAAUUAAUUAGCGCCCCGGCGGCAAUUCAAGGAAAUACGGUCAUAUGGAAGCUGUGAGAAAUUGAUAGUAAAACAUUGAUUUAGAAAUGCAAGUACUGUCUGUAUGUGUUUGUAGAAACCUAGGGCUAUCUUACAUCAAAGUAAGUUUAAUUUUCUAUGGUUAUGACAAUUGUAUUCAUUGUCAUUAUUUGUACACCCCUGUGAUGCAUCACAAACAAAAGAAAAAAAUCAAAACAUAGUCAAUUUCUUAAACUAGGGGUCUCAAACUCAGGCCGUACAGUCGGGGGAAAGGCUGGGCCACACAGAGUAUUCACUUCUGUAUUACGUUUAGACCAUGUGACUAAAUUUGUUGACUAUUUCUACCAGCAGCUUGCGUGACACAGAGCUAUGAAAGGGUUUAAGUGAUCAAAACUGUAAAAUUGAAUGUAAAAAUUGUUUAUUUCACACUUGAAUUCCACAGAUUAUAAGAAACACUUCUGCUCGCUGUUUUUGUUGCCCGAUGUGUUUGUUUCACUCUAAUUUUUGUGUUUGAACUGGAAAUAGUUCUUUAUAAUGGGAUUCAAGAAUGCUAUAUUUGACCAUAAGCUGCCUGGUGUGUGCGGUACGCAAUUACACUGAACUAUGACAUUAAGUAAAGGGCCACAAAGUAUGGACCUAAGUUUGAGACCCCUGCCAACCUUUACGUAUUUUCCCCCGACGUUGUAAGAUUCCAUUGUAAAUUGUUUUAUAACCGCUACAUGUUUGUGUUUUGGGCCAACAGAAUGUCCAGCUGCCUGUAAUCGCAUCACAUGUAGCAUAGUACAGCCAAGACGCAACUUUAAACACAAAUUACUUAAGGGUUUCAAAGUGUGCAAAUGAGGUGUGUCUGUCGAGAGACGUACACUCACUUAGCUUGGAUACAGGUGUGUGCCAGCACGGCCCGACCCCCACUGAAAGCCAUGUUGCUGCACGGUGACCCUUGUCCUGGCCGGCCAGUGUAAUAAUGACAGUCAUUCUUGUCAUUAUCAGGAAGAGGAGUUGAAACUGGGGUGUGACUCGAGAAUCAGGUGGCUACAGAAGAACACAGAGAGAAGACAUGAGAACUUUAAGGACAAUGGACGACGAAUAGACUUGGUUUCAUUAAAGCCAGCAGCAGCAACCCAUCACCACUGUAUUGUCUGUCUUUAAAGGCACUUAGUUAUUUGUGUGGUCAAUGCAGGCAAACAUUUUAGGGCUGUCAUAAUUAGUGGAAACCCAGUCACGAGUGAUUACUGAUGCCUCAGCAGAAUGUCAAUAACUGGCUGCUCAUGUUUCAUGGGAAUCAGUAAAUGUACAGAGGCUUGAUUUAUAAACAUUGUAACACUAGUGCCACCUAUUGUUCAACACGGGCAUCUUUCAAAAAAGGUUUGAACUUUGUCAUUUUUUUGGACGCCUGUGUGAUAUUUAAGAGCCUGCACUACUCUAACACACCACCUGGUGGAGCAAAAGGAUAUUGAUCCAGCCGCAGUCUUCAUUAAAUCCCUCCUGGAUCUUGGACAGCCAUUUUCUAAGGACUAUGAAAAGAGGGUCACCAUUCAAAUGAGAAAGACACAUAGAUAAGUAAAAAGACAAUUUAUUUUUUUUCAGAAUAUACAAAGCAGUUGGCUGGAGUAACUGAAAUGUCAUCCUGGAUCUUUAGAGGCAGUUUUUGGACACCAAGCAAAGUUACUCAGCCGUAAAUGUAAACUCAUUAGGAAAACAAAAAACGUGUGGAUGGUUCAAACCUGCGUGGAAUGCAUACAGAAAAUGACCAAAGCGUUAAGAUUUAAGAGGGGUUAAUUAACAUUGCAAAAAAGAUAAGCCCGCCUUCAGCAAUCAUACGGAGAAGCUUUUUAUAUUUGCUCCAACUGUUAACAGCACAGCCAAGCCAAGCAUUAAGUAGCAGCUCGAACACAAACGGAUUAUGCUUCAACAAAUGUCCUUUUUAAAAUGAUUAACAUUAUCCCCGGCUUAAAACUUAUCUUUGGUCCUCAAAGUGAAUCUUGAGAGAUCAUCAUGAGCAGCUGCCUGAAGAAUGUUGACGCAUCAGCUGGUCAGCACUGACUUGAUAGAGAUUGUGCUUGAAGUGAAAAUAAACUGAUCUUAUAGCAUAGCCCUAGUUUUUACAGAAGGGAAAACAAGCUCAUUUUAAAGACCAAUAAAUAACAUUCGGUAGAAGAAAACUAAAAAAAAAGAGGGCCAUUAUGUUUCACAAUAACUCCAGUGCAACGUGAGGAUAUGGGAGCAAAUAAAAAAACCCAGAAAAAAAAAAGAAAAAUGAUAAAAAAAAAAACAA